CUUUGGAGGAAUGCAAAGAGAUUCCAGAAAACCAAAAAACCAAAAACAACACAAUAGAUUUCAUUUCGAUCGUUAUCCCUCCGAUUUUUGUGUUUACUCGAAACUUAUUUUCAUUCUAUUCAGUAUAUCAUCGAACGUGCGACAAGAUCAUAUGUUUCUGAUGCAAAAGAGGCAACCCGGGUCUCUCUUUGGUCUUUAAUGGAUAACAACUUUGAAUCCUCAAACGCUUCACAAGGAAGCCGACUACAGUUGCAGCCGCAACCGCCCCAGCCGUUUAAUUUACAAGACGUGGAUACGAUCCAUUACAGUCAAACCUCUCCAUGGACUACCGAGACGUUUUCAGGUUUCACUCCAUACGAUUGCAUAGCUAAUCAAUCUUUCUCCUUACAAUGUUCAUCUUCAAAACCCUAUCCUCCCUCGUUUCAUUCGUACGAUCAUCAAUCUUCGGAUCCUCCAUCAUUGGACCAAUCCCAAUCGAUGGUUCCUAUGCAACCUAGUUCGGAUCAAUAUUUAAAGCCAUUAUAUAAAAGCUCAUGCGUCAACAAUUUUUCAGCAACAAAUGCUUCAUCAGCCUCAUACUCGCUUUGUUUUGGAGCAAGUCAAGAUCCACAAGAAGUAUGUAGGAGGAACUAUAGUAAUUCUAAUGUAACACAACUGAAUUUCUCAUUGUCACAUCAUCAACCUAAGCAAACUCAUUCAAGAUUUUCUUCGCCUUCCUUCUCAACCUAUGGAGGGUCCAUGGUUCGUAACUAUGGGACGGUUACGGGGAACAAGACACGGAUAAGAUGGACUCAAGACCUUCAUGACAAGUUCUUGGAAUGUGUAAACCGCCUUGGUGGUGCUGAUAAGGCAACACCUAAAGCGAUAUUGAAGCUGAUGGAUUCUGAAGGACUCACAAUAUUUCAUGUUAAAAGCCACUUACAGAAGUAUAGGAUUGCGAAAUACAUCCCUGAUCCUCGAGAAGGCAAGUUUGAGAAGAGAUCUUGUUCCAAAGAGCUGUCACAGCUAGACACGAAAACUGGAGUGCAAAUUAAAGAGGCACUCCAGCUUCAACUUGAUGUUCAGAGGCAUCUUCAUGAACAACUAGAGAUUCAACGAAACCUACAAGUGAGGAUCGAAGAACAAGGGAAACAAUUGAAAUUAAUGAUAGAACAACAGCAAAAAACAAAAGAGAGCCUUCUCAAGUCACCAAACGCCGAAGUAUCGUUGCCUCUCUCCGCUUUCGAUCACUCUCCUCCACCUUUCCCGUUACAAGACGCCGAAGCCAUGAUGCUACCAAGUUAUGAAGACACUCAUUUCCAAUCAAAGAUAAGUUGAACAACGAGAGAUUGGCUAAAUAAAAAAAGGCCUAAAGCAUGUUUUCUACUCUAUUCAAAGUUGUAUGAAGUUAUAAGAGUCGCGACAAGAGAAUUAUCAAAGUGGUACACACACUAACACUUGGAAACAGAAUCAGGUACUUUAUGUGUGCAAGUGGUGUGUGAUGGGGUACGUCUUAGUCAUAGACUAGUAGAUGUGUGAGAUUAUUCUUAAUUAUCUAUUUGUUUUAAAAGAACUCAUACAAAGAGAUAGCUUCUUAAAUUAGUAACGCUACUUUUACCA